AUGGCAACUUCCUACCAUAACACCAAGGACAGAUUCACCAAGACAAGUUUUGAAAUCACCACAUACGUCAAGUCAAGCUUCACCAUCUCCAAGCACGUCGCAAGCCAACCUUCACCACAUCCAAGCACAUCAAGGCAACCUUCACCACAUCCAAGCACAUCAAGGCAACCUUCACCACAUCCAAGCACAUCAAGGCAACCUUCACCACAUCCAAGCACAUCAAGGCAACCUUCACCACAUCCAAGCACAUCUAGGCAACCUUCACCACAUCCAAGCACAUCAAGGCAACCUUCACCAUAUCCACGUCAAUUAACACUCCUUGACGAUGAUGUAGUCCAUGAAGUAUUGGCUAAUGAAUCCUUGUAUGCCAAAGUAUUAAGCUUUAGAACUCUUGUUAAUGAAAUACAGGCAAGAGCUCCUGAAGGAAUGAAAUACAAUGUCCUCCUAACAACAAAAGAAACAGAGACAACAUGGGAGCAAGUCCUUCACUCCAGAGGGAGAUCUGACGAAACACCUCAGCAAAAAAGAAAUAAAAUAAAUACCCACAGUGAAGUGGUAACACAGAAGGAGUGUGUUGAGCAGCUAAGAAAGAAGAAUGAAGAAAAAACAAGACCGAAAAAGAAACCAGCACAACAAAAAAGAAAAAAUAAAACACCACAGCAACAGAGUGACAUUGAAUCAACAACCACGGAAGAAGAUGAAUAG